AUGACCAGCGGAAAGUCGAUAAAAUCUCACGGAACAAAUUCUAGCAACGAAAAACCAACUGAUUUGACUCCAGUAGAUACGAACGAAGCAUAUCGCAUGGGAGUAAAACUGUUGCAUGAGAAGUGUAAGGCAUUACAGCGAAGCAACGAACGGCUUGUGUUUAGGCUACACAAGGUCCAGAAAAUGACAAGGACUCGGGCACGAGAUGUUGAGUUCCUAAAAGCAAAGUUGGACUCCUAUGGUGAUGGAUGGAGAACAGCAUCGGAUCCUACGGAUAUCAAGGAAGAAGGAGAGGAAUAGAUUAUUAUUGUUAAGGUAAAUUUCAUUUAUUGAUAUUCUUAACAACUGCUAACCUCGAAACCAACCUCCUAAACUACAAGACGGUUAACGUCAUUUAGAUUGUUGUAAAUGAUGUAAAAAAUACUGUAAUUGCUGUAA